GCAUGUGCAGAGGAGCCAGUGAACCUCAGACUGUAGAAGCUGUGCUGGUUACUUUGCGCCACUCCAGCAGAAGCUCCUUCACCAACAUGAGGAUCGUUUUACACAGCAGAAACUCCUGCCUGUUUUAAAUGGAAUACUGGUUUGUUUUACAACCUGCACUUUCUCAAAUGGGUUGAAUACAUUUUGUGUUUAUUUUUUAGAGAACAUGUGGCAUUGGUGAUUAGUGUUUUUGCUUUUAAAGUAAAGAAUUUUCUAUUGGUGGAAUAAAGAGGCUAUGACUAAUAAAUCUUCAGAUGUUGUGUAGUCCUGUAAGAGACGCCUGUUCUCCCUCGUUGUGGAGAUGUUAUCCAUUCAUCACUGCAACUUCUCGGACCCAGAUGCUGUGUCUGCCCUAUCUAAUCAAACCCAGGCAGUGGUGGAGGUGGCAGCUGUGGGCCGUAAGGAAAACCGUUCGAUAACAACUCGGACCAACCCAGCGGCUGCUGGCCUUUCUUUGACCUUGGGUGUACUGUCCAACAUUGUAGCUCUCUUCAUCCUCGCCAAGGCCUAUAACCGACUGCGUCGACGUUCUAAGGCAACUUUUCUGCUCUUUGCCAGCUCACUGGUGGCUACAGACUUAGCGGGUCACAUUAUUCCAGGUGCUGUGGUGCUGCGCUUGUAUUCAAAUGGUGUGAGCCAAAACCAACCUAGCCAUGCUGACGCCACCUGCCAGUUUCUGGGUGGCAGCAUGGUCUUCUUCGGCCUGUGCCCUUUAUUCCUAGGUUGCGCCAUGGCAACUGAGCGAUGCCUGGGAGUGACGCAGCCACUUCUUCAUGCCCGUCUCAUCUCCAGCACCCGAACCAAGAUAGCAUUGGUGCUCAUUUGGCUGGCGGCUCUCGCUGUGGCAUUGCUUCCUGUCAUUAGGCUGGGAGAGUACACUUAUCAGUACCCAUGGACAUGGUGCUUCAUUAGAGUAUUAGGAGGAACAGCGGACACAGAUGUGGCCUUCAUGCUGCUAUUCUCAGCGCUUGGGUUGGCCUCGCUGGCCUUGUCCUUGGUGUGUAAUACAGUCAGUGGCAUUACUCUAGUGCUGGCUCGUUUACGCAAGAGGAAGUGCCACCUCAGGACAGCAAAAUCGCAUGACAUUGAGAUGGUGGUACAGCUACUGGGGAUCAUGAUCAGUUCCUGUAUUUGCUGGAUCCCCCUGCUGAUCUUUGGCUUGAUGUCCAUCAUAAAUUGCCACAAUCGCUCAGCUGAGGACGACGAACGCUAUAGAACUCUGAUGGUAAUGGGGGUGCGUCUUGCCUCCUAUAACCAGAUCUUGGACCCAUGGGUUUACAUCCUGCUGCGGCGAGCAGUUCUGAGGAAGAUCUACCAGCUCACCACGGGUCGCACCAAUAUGAGGGUCAGCACCCUCCGCCGCUGGGAAAUCGGGUCCCUUCAAAGCUCAGAGAAAAAUACAGUCAAACGGAUCUAAAAGAAUUCUGGGGUGUAUCUGGAGCAUAUAGUGUGAAACCUGUUUAUCCAAAUGGGCAGAAAGUGAAGAUGAAGAAUUUGGAUCAUUUCCCUAAAAUCUCUGGUGUGAAUCAUUAAGCAGGUCAGGUGAAGGAAGAAUGUAAAGUAGGUGGGUUUAAUGACAGCAGAACAGUUAAGGUUGGACUGUUAUACCCAGAAUGUUCUACAUCCAAAUGUUCAGGAGUGGCAGUGAGCCAUGUUUUGGAUCCUUUAUGUGUUUGACCGUUCAGUUGAAUGUUUGAAAUGUAUUUUGCCACACAAAGCUUGUAUGUAAUACAGUUGUGCCAAGUGUUUAGUCUCAUGUAUUGUUUCAUAAUGUAAUGAUUGUCUUUACCAAAAUGACUGGUUAAUCUCAGUAUAUGUCUUUUUACAACAGUUGAAUCUCGGUAACUUGGAAAAUGUACUUUCUUUAAGAAAAUUCCCUAUUUGCCUUACAAGAGUGGUUAAAAAUGAUAGCCACUUUACUAGAAAUCAGCAAAUAUUCACAUUUAAAACUAUUUCAUUACAAAACGUCUCAACUGAAUGUAAAUGCUAAGCAAGCUGAGUCCUAAGAUGUAGGAUAUUAAGGAAGGACCUAAUAUUGUUAAAACCAGUGUGAUUCAAAGUAAAGGCAGAGCUUUUAUUUGAAUGGUAUAUUUGUGUAGUGAGAUGUUUAGUAUUCUUAUAUUUGUGUAUUUAUUACCUGUUUCCAUCCCCAAUUAUGUGACUUAAAAAGCUAAAUUGUUUAAAAGCUAUUGAAUGUAACUGUGAUCAAUAAAUAUUAAAUUGUGGCAAGUUU